CAGAGUGCAAGAGGUUGAACAGGGCUUGGAGGCGGGAAAUGGAAAUGGACUGGGAUUGACAGGGGCUAAUACCGGAUAUAGGCAGCUGUUGCAAUAUGGCAGAGGUGCAGUUUGAAUGUCGAGGCGUCAGGGAUGCCCCGGAUCGCUUGAGCCGGAAGGCGGUGGCGGAGACUUGGAACACUGCUCAAAGCAAGACUUGGGACCGUCUGAAGGCUUAUCCCAAAAUUGGUGCCGCUCAGUAUCUCAAUCACUCUAAAGCUGGCUUUUCCACAGACCCAUCCAAGCUACUAUCUUCUCCGGCAUACAAGCAUCUACUCAACAUCAAGGGUCAAAUGAGUUUUUAUAAUGAAGAAGAUGAUUAUCCGGGCGCCAACCUUGAAGGCCUGCAGCGGUUCAAGUCACUGGUUGAAAAAGAAUGGUCAGGCUUCAUAAACCGGGGAUAUCAGGAACUUGACGCCAAAAAGCUGCAAUUCAAUCUGGAUGAGUCGUCUAAUGCUAGACUAAAAAUGAAGCGCAAGACGAUGGACUGGGACACAUUCACUGGUGCUGGAUUUAUCGGCAGGGAGACAUAUCAUCCUACAGCACAGCUUAACACCUAA